GAGCACCGCAACGUCCAUCCUUCCUCCGGCCACUUCCCCCUCUCCGCAAGCACAACCUACCUACCUGCCUACCUACCUACCUACCCACCCUACCUACCCUACUUAGCUCACCAUGCCCGUCUACGUGAUCACCGGCACCCGUGCUGGAAUCGGCCUGGAGCACGUCCGCCAGCUGUCGCAGGCCGCUUCCAACACCGUAUUUGCGCUCGUCCGCAGUGCGGCAGGCGACCUCGCGACCCUGAAAUCCAUCCAGCAGACCGCCGCCGCCAAAGUGCACAUCCUGGAGUGCGACGUGUCGUCCGAGUCCUCGAUCGCGGCGCUCCCCGACCGGAUUCGCGAGGCGUCGGGCGACGCCAACAUCAAGAUCAACACGCUCAUCAACAACGCCGCCGUCCUGCACGCGCGCGAGCAGACGGCCCUCACGCUGACGCCCGCCGCGCUCAACGACCACAUGCGGUCCAACCUGCUGGGGCCGGCGCUCGUGCUGCAGGCGCUCCUGCCGCUGCUGGCGCCCGGCGCGCGCGUGGCCAACAUCUCGUCGGGCGCCGGAUCCCUCACCCUGCUGGCCACGGGCCGGAUCACGCCCGAGAUCACGCCGUACAGCCUCAGCAAGGCGGCGCUCAACAUGCUGACGGUGCACCAGCAGGCGCAGCUGCGGGCGCGCAGCGGCGGCGGCGGCAGCGGCAUCGUCGUCGUCGCCGUCGACCCGGGCCACGUCAAGACCGAGAUGGGCGGGCCCAACGCGGUCGUCGAGGUCGAGGACAGCGCGAGGGCGGUCCUGAAGCUGGUCGAGGGCCUGACGGAGCGGGACGGCGGCAAGUUCUGGUUGUAUAACGGGGAGGAGUUGCCGUGGUAAAGGUCAAAAUAUUUCUUCUUCCCUUGGCUGAGACAGUUGAGCUCCCGAUUGGGUGGAAAUAGUGUGGAAGUGAACGAGGGUCGAACUUUGGAAAGGAGUAAUUAGCAUGUAAGCUAUGUAAUUACAUACAUCCAGGGGGUGAGGGCACAGAUGGCCUUGAUGCAACACCACCCCGCCUCUUUUAUAUCCCUUUUGAACUCUUGCGCACUGCAUCUUGAAUCCUGUCAAGGCGCCUAGGAGACAACCGGCCCCAGUUACUGGAGGCCUAGACGCGGAUGUGUACCGCCAUUCUUGGCGGCGUUGAGAUCUUGAUGUCUCCAGCGUGGGCUCGCAAGGCAGUUCGGGACGGCUUCAUGCAACGAAUCAGAGCUCUUCAUCAUG